CCUACCUUACCUACCUGUAGGUAGGUACUUACACUCUGCUGAAUUUGAUGCUUCGAUCAUAGUAUGGGGAUUUGCCCGGUAAAGAGAUUCUUGGCUGCAGCAGAAACGAGGGAGUAGAGAAAAAGCUGGAAAUGACACUCAAGCUCCCGUGCCAGUUGUCCCGGGCAUGGGGCCACGAUGGAAUCCUCGCAAGUCUCCCAAUAAACCCUUCGAGGUCGAUGGUCAGAACCUAUCGAACAUCAAGGAUAUCCACGGUCAAUGCAAGGCACGCUCGCAAUGUAUCAGCUCUGCUCCCUGGCGUUACAGCCUCCAGUACGAUGUCAAUACGACGACCUCACGCUAGACCGAGGCACAUCAGCUGCUCGACUGCUCGGCGAUCGUCGUCUGACGAGGCCUUCACAUACAACGCUCCCUCGAACCGACCACUGAGCGGCAUCACCAUCGUGGCCCUGGAACAAGUCAUCUCCAUGCCUCUGGCCACGCGCCACCUCGCCGACCUCGGUGCGAGGGUGAUCAAGAUCGAGCGACCUGGCAGCGGCGACUUUGUGCGACACCACGACUCCCGCGUGCGAGGCAAACUAUGCAGCCACUUUGUCUGGACGAACCGCAACAAAGAGUCUCUCGCGCUGGACAUCAAGAAUCCGCGGGACAUGGAGAUUCUGAAGACCCUGGUAGUUGAGAAGGCCGAUGUGUUUGUGCAAAACCUCCGUCCAGGAGACGCCGAGAAGAUGGGGCUAGGCUACAAAGCACUGAAGGGCAUGAUGAAUGCUAGGUCCAAACCUGGUGAGAAGAGAGGCGACAAGCUGAUCUACGCUUCCAUCAGUGGAUAUGGAUCCAACGGCCCCUACGCGCACAAGAAAGCCUAUGACCUGCUCAUCCAGGCCGAGGCGGGCGUGCUCAGCAUCACCGGCACCGAAGGAGACGACGGGAUGGCCAAGGUCGGCUGCUCAAUCGCAGAUACGGCGGCGGGUAUGUAUGCGUACUGCAACAUUCUAAGCGCCAUCAUCCAACGCCAAAAGACGGGGCAGGGGUGUGAGCUCGACAUCUCGAUGCUCGAAUCUCUGGUCGAGUGGAUGGGCUUCCCGAUGUACUAUGCUCACGAGGGACAGUCUGGGCCCAAGCGGGCCGGGGCAAGCCACGCCAGCAUCUAUCCGUACGGACCCUUCUCGACUGGCGGUGGCGGGAAAGUCAUGCUGGGCGUGCAGAAUGAGCGGGAGUGGAAGAUCCUGGCCACACAGGUCUUGGAGAGAGUCGACUUGACCGAGGACCCGAAGUUCCAGAGCACCGCUUCUCGCAGCGACAACCGCGACGAGCUGGAGUCGAUCAUCAGCGGCAUCUUCUCGCAGUGGGAUGCUGAUGAAGUCACGAGACGUCUCGAGGAGGCGGGUAUUGCGAAUGCCAAAGUCAAUGAUAUGCAAGGCGUUUGGGAGCACCCCCAGCUCGAGGCCAGACGGAGAUGGAGAGAGGUAGACACGGAGGUUGGAAAGAUCAAGGCACUACUGGCACCUGGCAUGAGUCCUGAUGUCGAAGCUAGAAUGGACAAGAUACCCGCGGUGGGCGAGCACAAUGACAGUAUCCUCAAGGAGUUGGGCAUGCAAUGACAGCGGCGACCACAUGUCGAGUAAUGUUGUCGUUCUUGCAUCGCCGACUCAGGGGGCCUGAUGUGCCUGUUGUAGGCAUCCUGGUAGAGUAUAUGCGGCGAGCUCCCUGAAGGCAAAUGUAAUGGUCCUGGCUUUGGCAGACCCAGGCUAGCGUGAGAGUGACAUAGUACGUACUCAUACUCGUAGUCGCUGGGGGUUCUUUGGGAGUCGUGGCUUGCAACGAGCGAGACAGGGAUGUUUCCAUGAACAGCAGUUAUCCCUGGGCUGCGAGCCACGUAAGAGCAGAGGCAGGCCAACACAAGACGUGACGAGUACUACUGUGUUACU